AGGGAGAGAGAGAGAGAUGUGUUCAGGAAUGGUUUAUAUAGCAGUGGGUGUGGGCGCUGAUCGUACUCAGUUCAUUACCACUGUGGCGCUUAGCGCGGCUCCAAGUUGAAGGCGACCGAUCUUCACCGCGACACUUCAGGGAAAAGCUAGACUGAUUUAAAAAAAAAAAAAAAAAGACAGAAAGAUAAACGAUGAGUAAUUUAAACGCAUGAUCCGCCAUAGCCACAGUACCCGACUGUUAAACCUGCAUAAGUUUAGACGUUACUGAAUUGAACAGGCUCAUUGCGCAGCGAACGUAGCGCACGGCGCACAGGGACAGAUCAUGCACUGUCAAGCCGAGCUGAGGCUCUCCUCCCCCGGGCAGCUGAAGGCUGCCAGGCGACGCUACAAGACUUUCAUGAUUGACGAGAUCCUCUCCAAGGAGACUUGUGAUUAUUUUGAGAAACUUUCUCUCUACUCGGUGUGCCCUUCGCUCAUUGUUCGACCAAAGCCUCUUCAUUCAUGUUCGGGCUCCUCGUCACUACGUGCCUACCCUCUCCUCUCGGUGAUCACGCGGCAGCCGCCCAACCUGCCCCCCCACCUGCAGCAGCCGCCCUCGCCGGGCGCGGCCCACUCGCACCUCCUCUCCCCGCAGCACGCCCGGGGCUCCGAGCCCUCGCCCAGCCAGACGCCCCUCAGCAUCAGCAGCGAGUCGGACACGGAGCGCAGCACGCCCCGCCUGAAGAAGCCGCGCCGCAGCCGCACCAUCUUCACCGAGCUGCAGCUCAUGGGCCUGGAGAAGAAGUUCCAGAAGCAGAAGUACCUGUCCACGCCUGAUAGGUUAGACCUGGCCCAGUCACUCGGCCUCACACAGCUCCAGGUGAAGACGUGGUACCAAAACAGGCGAAUGAAGUGGAAAAAAAUGGUGCUCAAAGGAGGUCACGAGGCCCCAACUAAGCCCAAGGGAAGACCCAAGAAGAACUCCAUCCCCACCACCGAGGAAAUAGAGGCGGAGGAGCGGAGGAUGAGGAUGGAGGAAGAGGAGAGGAUGAGGAGGGGAGCCGCCGAGGAGGCGGCGCUUGCUAACGGGGGAGAAGCCCCACAGCUGGAGCCUCAAGAUCUCAGUUCAGAAACCAGCAAUCCAACAGGCGCGGUGGAGGGCUCGGAGCGAGCGCUGCCACUCCUCGUGUCAAAAACUCACGCAGCCAGCUAAGCAAGAACAAACGAACCAAAGACUGACGCCAGCCUGAAAACAAAUUGUGCCUCAGGAUCACUGUAAAAAGCCUGUGUGGUGUUUAAAGCCAUUUGCUUUUUGGAUACACAUUGGUGGUUUCCAGUCUUUUGCCAGUAGAGCCUUGUAUCUUUUUUUUUUGCAUUCUGGAAAACGUACCAUACAGAGAGCUAACUCCUCACGAUUGCACUGGUAAACAUUUGGCCUUUGGUCUUUAGUACAAGGAGUGUAAAUCUGACAAAUCCAAACAGGUCAGUCAAGCCUUAAUCACAACAGAGUGACAUGUAUCAGCGUUGCGCUAUUGUGCUUUUCAACAACGAGAGAUCCCACACACACACUCAAACACACCUCGCAGUUCUCAAAGUUGCCAAAAUAUCAAACAUUGCCUUAGUGUGUAAGUACCUUUGUACUAUAAAACACGUCACUGCCAAAAACUGCUACACGGAACGGCCGCGGUGCCUUGUUGGUCUCAGAGGAAAGCUUUUAAAGUGUAGAUGAAAUAACCAUCAGAUGUCAGUAUAUUUUUUACGGUCCUUUCUGACUAUCAGUGCCGAGAGAUCUCUGCUACGUUGAGAGAAGGAAACGUCUGUGUUUAUAUUGGAGUUGUACAGCUUUUAGGCACAAAUGUGUUCAAUAUUUGCUUAGUGAAGCUUGUGUUUUUGUUUAUUUUUCUUUGUCAAAGCUGAAAAUCAAUAUUUCUGCCAAGCCAGACACUGUACCAUAAUGUAGAAAAAAUGUAUAAAGUAUAAAAUAUAUGAUCUUUUGGAUACAUACGUGUGUGUGUGUGUGUGUGUGUGUGUGUGUGUGUGUGUGUGCGUGUGCGUGUGUGUGUAUAUAUAUGUAUAUACACAUAUAUAUAUGUGUGUGUGUGUGUGUGUAUAUAUAUGACAGUAUUUUAACUGCUGUUUUAAAUUGGAUUAAAAUAGUUUAUAUGUGUAAUGUUCCAGCCGUCCCUGAUCUUUUUUUGUUUUCUUCUUCUUCUUCUUUCGUGGGAGUCAGAGUGUCUUUCAGCCACGAGGGCACUAAGACUCUUAAGCUGUCGAGAUCCACCGAGGGAAUAAAUCACAGCCUGUGCCAGAGAUGCACGGCAAAUGUUGAACAUUUAAAAUCUCAGAGACGUUUCCAGCCUGCAGGCUUCGCAUGAUUUCCCCCGAUCGGUAUGUUAGACCUGCAUUAACAUAGCGCUGUCUCCAACCGCCUGCCACCGACUCCUCUGUGUACGCCUUUGAGCUCUCUCCCUCCCCUGGCGGAGAUUUGUAAUUUUUAAAAGAGUUUUCACUUUUUUCGAAUUAUACAGAUUUAUUUUUAUUUGUCAUUGUUUCAUAUGAAAAGUGCAGUAUUUUUCUGAUGUAAAUAAUGCUUGUUUGGUACGCUUGUUUUGCUGUCUUUUUUUAGGUUUGUGUAAAAUUAUUUUUACUAUAUACAAGUGUGUGUUUAUGUAUUUAAAUACACUUAAUAAAAUGGCUAUCCUUUAA